AUGCGGAAGGUACUAUUAAGAACGAUUCGGAAAAAUAGGGAUUGGUUAUUGUUUACCAGAGAGAUUAAAACCAUUGAUCGUUCUUUUCAACACUUGUGGCAACGUGAGGAGGAAGAGUCGUUGGUGUUAAAAAGUUCAAAAUUUUUCUAUCAUCAUCCAUACAGAAAUCAAAUCAUCACCGCUCAGAAUGAUACCGAUCUACACAAUAUCCGAACAUUGAAAUCUCAAUUAUUUGAAAUCGAAAAAACAACACAAGUGAACUUGUAUGAAUUUAUCAAUAGUAGUGAAGAGAGGAAAUUGGUUUUGAGCUCCUCAACAUCAUCCUUGUUGUUUCGGAAUGGACUCACUUUCACUCCUUUUGCCUUUGCAACCAUUUGCAAUGCGAAUUGUCAAUUUUGUUCUGAAAACUUGCAACGAAAACAUUUGGAAAAUUCCAAAUCGAAGAAAAACUCUUCACCCUCAAAAAGAAUUCGAAAUUAUGAUCAAUAUUUCAAUGGACUAGAACGAGUGUUUCAACUAUUGGACACCAUUCAAAAAACAGUCGGGUCAUUGAAUAUGGGACUGUCAUUAUCUGGAUUGGAAGCGACCAGUGAACCGAUUUGGCUGGAACGAUUGUGCCAACUUCUUUCACAAUAUCCUUCAUUGUUUGACGAAAGAGUUUUAUAUUCGAAUGGAAGUGGUUUCACCUUGCAUGAAAACGUGGUCGAGAAUUAUUUUCACAAUAGUGUUCCUAAAUUUGACAGAAUAGAAUUAAGUAGACAACAUUUUGAUGAAGCCACAAACCAAGCGAUAAUGAGAUUUGAAAAGUCACAACCAAUAAGAUCUAACACAAACUAUGAACAUAUAGUAAGAAAUGUGUUACCAAAUAUAUUUGGGGUUGUCAAAAAUUCGUGCAUUCUAUCAAAACAAGGAAUUUCUAAUGUGGAACUAAUUGAACAAUAUUUACAAUGGGCCAUAAGUUUGAAUGUCCAUCGCGUAGUUUUCAGAGAAUUAUCAAUCAUUUCACAUGAAGAAUAUUUUGAUAAUUCAACAAAGAAAUGGAUUGAUGAAAAUCGAGUAAGCAUUUCAUCGAUUCUUUCUGAAAUUUGUUCAAGUCUAGACCAUCCCUCGCCCAAAUUUGAAUACUUGUAUUCUACUGUUGGCUAUUACUAUAUGAACGAAUGCUAUCGUUACGAUGAUAAGAUUGAUGUAAUUUUUGAAACAAGUUCGUAUGAAGAUCUUUUAUCUUCAUUUAAGCAGCACCCUCGUAUUAUCAACAAAUUAAUAUUUCAUCCAAAUGGUAACCUUACCUCAGAUUGGAAUGAUCACUCUCAGAUGAUUGGAAGAUUUUUCAACCAACCAUGA